CUGCAACCGUGACUAAGAUGGAAGCGUUCUUAGAGUCGCGGUCCGGACUUUGGGCCAGUGGCCCGGUCCCGGGGCAGUUUUACCGCAUUCCGUCUACUCCCGGUUCCUUCGUGGGUCCGGCGUCCGCGCCCUACGGGAUGCCGAUUACGCGGACCCAGAACCCUAUGGUGACUGGCACCUCGGUCCUUGGUGUUAAGUUCGAGGGCGGAGUGGUGAUUGCUGCUGAUAUGCUGGGCUCCUAUGGCUCCUUGGCUCGUUUCCGCAACAUCUCUCGCAUUAUGCAAGUUAACAACAGCACCAUGCUGGGUGCCUCGGGGGACUAUGCAGAUUUCCAGUAUUUGAAGCAAGUUCUCGGCCAGAUGGUGAUUGAUGAAGAGCUGUUGGGAGAUGGACACAGCUAUAGUCCAAGAGCUAUUCAUUCAUGGCUGACCAGAGCCAUGUAUAGCCGCCGCUCCAAGAUGAACCCGCUUUGGAACACCAUGGUCAUUGGAGGCUAUGCUGAUGGAGAGAGUUUCCUCGGUUAUGUGGACAUGCUUGGUGUAGCCUAUGAAGCUCCAUCGCUGGCCACUGGUUAUGGUGCAUACUUGGCUCAGCCUCUGUUGCGAGACAUUCUGGAGAAGCAGCCAGUGCUGAGCCAGACUGAAGCUCGAGAGCUAGUGGAACGCUGCAUGCGAGUGCUAUACUAUCGAGAUGCCCGUUCUUACAAUCGGUUUCAAAUUGCCAUAGUAACAGAAAAAGGUGUUGAAAUAGAGGGACCACUGUCUGCUGAGACCAACUGGGAUAUUGCCCACAUGAUCAGUGGCUUUGAGUAAAUACAGAUGCAUUAUCCAGGACUGAAGCUGUACCCUUCUUUUAUCUUUGAACUUGUUUGGUUCACAGGUAUUUUUCUUUUGUAAAAUAAAUUAA